AUGUCGGGAGUGACGACGAGAGCGCAGAAAAGAAGGAUCGGGGAGAGAGAUUCUUUGUGGGAUUUGAUCGUGAAUAACGACGAUAUUUGUUUCAAACACAUUCUUCCGAGGUUGAAUUCGAAUGACGUGAAAUUCUUGCACAGAGUGAAUAGUGAAACGAGAAAGUUGAUUAAGAGAUCGUCUCGCGUGGGUGAUUUGAAAAAGAAGUUUAAGAUUGGAGAGAUGUCGUCGAUAUCGACUUUGGAAGUUGCGUGGGAGCAUAAACCGAGUUGGUGGAGAGAAAGAGAUUUCUGCUAUAAAGUUGCUUUCACGAAUAAACUCGAGUUGCUCAAGUGGGCGCGAGAGGAGAAAAAGUGUGGUUGGGAUUCAAGGACGAUUUAUGUGGCCGCAUUACAAGGUAAUCUGGAAAUGGUCAAGUAUUGCGUGGCAAAUGAGUGUCCUAUUGAUGUGCGUGCGUGUGCAAAUGCUGCUUCAGGAGGUCAACUCGAGUGCCUCAAAUACUUACGCGAAGAAGCGAAAGCGCCUUGGAAUUCUUAUACUGCAGCUUGGGCUGCUGAAAACGGUCAUCUUCAUAUACUUGAAUAUCUUGUUGAGCGUAAGUAUGAUAAAUAUAACGGACAUGCUUGUCAGUUGGCGGCUUGGAACAGUCAUUUAGACUGUUUGAAGUACUUACACGAAACCGCCAAAGCGCCGUGGAGCUCUUGGGCGGUACGCUACGCACACGAGAAAAACCAACCCGAAUGUUUACAAUACCUCCUCGACAACGACUGCCCUUUACCAGAUGGUUGGCGAUACGAGCACGGGGAGUUACACGUGCCAGAAUCAGAAUCAGAAUCAGAAUACUAA